AGCCAUCGGCUCAGCAGGCUUUUUCUGACUGAUACAGAUGCCAGCGCCGCUUUCGGCGGUGGCCCCCUCCAUUUCACAGUCUUGAACUUCAGCGAUGCAGAUCGCAGUUUUGCUGCUAAGCAUUGCAGAAGCUUGGGCGCAUAGCGCGGAGGUGCAAGCGGAUGGCGGCAUCUCUGGUGCAAGGCUGAGCCUCAAUGAGCAGGCUCACUUGGCCAGCGUGAGGGCCCACGGCGCCAGUGAGGAGGAGGCCUUCAAGGAUGCGACUGCGGCAAACGGCUACAUUGAGUGUGCCUCUGAAGGCGGCAACUGCUCCUGUGCAGACGGGGUCGUGCUUUACGGCCGGCCAACCUUGGGGGAGUGGCGGGAGCUGCGGGUUGAUGGCUCGACGCUCUGCACCGCAACUCUGUUCGACACCACCCCGGCGCCGGAAGGGGAGACCAACGUGUGCCGGUGUUAUUCCCUGAACUGGUGCAAUAGAAACAACGUGGACGCCAUGGUCUUCGACCCAAGCCACCGGAGGAGAAAUGCCCUGGGCACACCUGGGAAGAAUCUUCACCAGCGCCGGCGCUGGUGUGGUUGGGGCCCUAGAGAUUGCGCCUGGAGCUCCUGGAGCAAGUGGACUGACUGCCAGGGCGGUCACGAGUGUGCCGACUCUGGUACGAGUGAGCGGACUCGGCAGAUGGAGUUGGAAGCCGCCAACGGAGGCAUUUGCAAGCAGGAGACGUCCAUUGAGAAGACCAAGUGUUCCUGGGUCGGCUGCAAGGAUGAGAAGGCCGAGAAGGUCGACAAGGCUGAGAAGGACGAGAAGGUCGAGAAGGACGAGACAAGCUCCGAGAUCCCGGUAGAGGUGGAGGAGAAAGUCUCCGAGGCCACGUUGAGCUCCGAGGAGCUGGCGGCGGCGCGGCAGCAGAAGGCGGCGAAGCUGACGGCGGCGGCGAACGCCAUGAACCAAUCGCUGGCCCUCCCGCAAGCGGAGAAGGUGGUGCCGGACGUUGGCGCUUCCUUGGUGCAGGCGGCUUUGGCAGGGGGAGCCUCCGAGAUCGCGGCGGCAGCGGCCAGCGCCAAGCUGCAGGCCAACGCCAUGGUCAAGGCCGAGCUGGGCCAACUGACGGCGCUGACGUUGGCGCAGAUGGGUGCCAGUCUCUUGGUGGAAUCUCGGGCACAGGUGCCCCGUGGAGCCACGCUCAAGGUCUUAAGGGAGCUGGUGGUGGCCGUGGCAGGCCAUGCCAUCGUGGAGGCCAUCGGGGACGACUCCGUGGCAGGCUCCCAGGUCGCCGGCGUGCAGGCGGGGAAGAUCGCGGACGCUUUGGGCCUGGCGCUGAAGGACGUUCGGAACUCGGACCAGCUCUUCGGGAACCACACGGAUGACACAAUCAACAUCUUCAGCGUGCAACAUCCAUAGCGAGCCAUCCAGUGGCCAGCGAAGCUCGAAAAAGGCCUUGCGCAAGCGGUGUGGAUUGGAA